AUUCAAUGGGAUUUUUUAAUGAUAAUUUAGAAGAAUUGGUAAGAAAAUAUAAUGGUAAUCUUGAAGCAAUUAUUGAAGUUUUAUUAUUUAAUCAACAAAAUGAGCAAAAUAAUGAAAAUGUAAAUAAGCAAGUCGUGAGAGAAGAAAAUAACGAAAAAGAUCAACCCAUGGAAAUCGAGGAAGAAAAUAAUAAACCUUAUGUUUUAAAGUAAAUGCAUUGUAAAAAAAAAAAAAAAUAAAAAAUAAAAAUUUUUUUUAGUAAAUAUUUUUUACAAACAUAGAUUUUAUCUUCGAUAAGUUACUCAUCAGGAUGAAACUAGUAAACCAAGAAUAUCUUCACUCGAUAGGUCUUCUCUUUUCUUUAGGUCUUCUCUUUAUUAGGUCUUCUCUUCGGUUCCCUUUUUUACGGUAUGUAGGUUGGGAGCGUGGGUUGUGUAUGGGGUGGUGGGUGUAUGUUUGUGUAUUCCCUCGCUCUUCUCCCGUUUUACCUCUUUUCUUUUCCCUCUACCUUUCCCUUAUUCACUCACUCUUUCCACUUCCUCUCCCCUUAUUCCCUCGUUAUUCACUCGCUCUUUCCACUUUCCCUUUCCCUUAUUCUCUCGCCCUUUCUACUUUUCCUUUCCCUUAUUCCCUCGCUCAUUAUACUUUCCCCUUCCCUUCCUUUCCCUUUUCCUUAUUCCCUUACUUUUUCUUCCCUUUCCCCUCUCACGCUUUCCUCUUUCCCUCUCUCCUUCCCUUUCCUUUCCCUUGUUCCCCGUUAUUUCCUCUUUCUCCCCAACGCCGGUGAUCAGGUGACAAAAGUUUUUUAAAAGACUUGGUUAAGUCAGCAACAAAUAGUUACAGCUUGUUUCAUUUUUAUUAAAUAAUGAAUUUAAGAAUAAAUUUCAUAUUUAAUUUCUCAUCUAUAUGAUUAUUCAAUUUUUUAUUUUUGCAAAUGUAUUAAUU